UUUGGGCAUCAUUCCGGACGAUCAUCUGAAGUUGACUUGUGAGGCUUGUCUCGGCGUUCGGACUACUUGUUCUGGCAAUUUGAAGUGGGAGAGCGGCGCCGCGGAUAUGUUUGCCUGCUUACAAGAAGACUGUAGUUGAUGUAUCGUAGUUGUAUAUAAGUCCAGUCGGUCUCUGUGCCCGUUCGAAAUAGAGUCCGGUUACUUUUCCUGGUACGAGUCCUUUCAUUAUCUGCUGUCUUUUGCUACGUUCUGCUACAAUCUUUGAGUGUACCGACUCAGUCUUCCUCACUAAAACACUACUCGUCGGACAAGAAAUUAUCCAUCUCGAGAGCCACAAUGCGCUGGUCAACUUUUCUGCCCGUCGGGGCUCUCGUGGCCCUAGGACGUGCGAUCCCAACUCCAUCUAAAAGGCUUCCCACCCGGGACUUGUAUCCAAACAACUACGGUCCAAACAACAACUAUCCCAACGACUACUACCCCAACCAGGACACCUCGUCCUCCUCGGGCUCCUCCCCAUACCUCCGCCGAGCAGUGCCCACCGGCCUCAUAAUCAACCACUGCACAACCCCCGGCAUCGUCGCCCUCACCUUCGACGACGGCCCCUACAUCUACACCACCCAACUCCUCGACAAACUGGCCUCCUUCUCGCCCCCAAUCCACGCCACCUUCUUCGUCAACGGCGCCAACUGGGUCUCCGCCAUCGACGACGAAUCCACCCCUUACCCAGGCAUCCUCCGUCGCAUGCUAAGCGAAGGCCACCAAAUCGCCAGCCACACUUGGUCCCAUCUUGACCUAACGACCGCCAGCACAGCGCAGCGCGUCGAGCAGGUGACCAAGCUCGAGGACGUCUUGCUGAGGGUAGUCCGCGUCAAACCGAAAUAUAUCCGGCCGCCCUACGCCACUUGCGAGAACGGAUGUCUGGAGGAUCUCGAGGGGAUGGGAUACCAUGUCGUUAAUUUCGAUUUGGAUACCAAGGAUUAUGAGAAUGAUAGUGAAAGUGGGAUUCAGGUGAGCGUGAACAAGUUUAAUAGUGAGCUGGGGAGCAAUCCGGCGACGGACUCGGCGAUUGUGUUGAGUCAUGAUGUUCAUCGGUGGACGGUGGAGAGGUUGGUGGAUGAGAUGGUGGGGACGGUUAGAGCGAGGGGAUUUAGGACGGGGACGGUGGGGGAGUGUUUGGGGGAUCCGGAGAGUGGGUGGUAUGCUUAAGGGAGGUUGGGUUGGAUACCUAAGGUAUGUUGUAGAG